GGGGGCUGUGGGGUCCCUGCCCCUGGGAAUCAACUGCCCAGAGUGCUUCUGAGGAUGCCUUUACAGAAAAGGACCAUCCCAGGGCAGGGAGAGGUAGGCUGGAGGGCUUCCUGGGGAGGUGGCAGCUGAAGCCUGGCCUUUCAGAAAGCCUGGGGAAAGGUGGGCUCACGCAGGGCCAGGGGCCCAGCCAGGCAGGGGCGCUGAGGGCUCCCCUGAUGCCACAUCUCCAUACUGCUUCCACAGCCCAGGCUGCCCCUGCGGCCACCGAGUCACUAUAGCGACACAGCUGCCACCCAGUGAGCCUGGCCAGGCCCAGCAGGUGCCCCAGCUGGAGAGCUCUUCGUCUGGUGGGAGGACCAAUCAGGCGGGAGGAGUUGGAGAGACCCGGGGGAGAUAUAAAGCAUGGCUCCGGACAGCGGGCGGUGGGCAGAGGGUGGCCAGUGGGGAUGCCUGCCCUGUGCCUGGAGGGCAGGAAGGUGGGGUCGGGGAAGGAGCUGCCCUGGACCACGGGGGUGGGGAGCGGAUGGUCGGCUCCCCUGGCGUCUGCACCCGGGAAAGGGGCCAGACCACUGGGGGCCCCGCUGCGUGGGUUUGAGGGCAGGCUCACCGCAGGGCCGUCCCAGCUACGGCCUCACACGUUCCUCGCCACCUGGGCUCACAUCCCCGCCGGCUGGGGGCGGGGUGCGUCCUUAUCCCAGCCCAGCGCAGGGGAUCCUGGGCUUUGUCCAGCCCUGGCAGCCUAUUGGCGGCUGAGCGUGGGAAAAAGCGUGCUCGCCCGCGGGCCCCAUAGACCUGCGACGCAUAAAAGCGCCCCCACCAUCCGGCUGCCUUCACCGCCUUUAGCCACCCUCCCCAGCCGUGCGCUCCCGCCGCGCCGCCCUGGCCUGGGGGCACAGACACCCGAAGUGAUGACUGAUUCGGAGCGGCGCCGUCUCAGGGCGCACCGGGGAUCCGGCAGGGUCCCAAGGACUUUGCUCCCCAACUCUCUGCUCUCCUUGGAUGAGAAAUUCGCGGGCGCCAGCGCAGCUCCGAGCAGGGGCAGGGUCGUCGUGGAGACAGAGGUGGCUGACAUCCCCGCCCCCAGCCGCACCGUGAGCGCCAAGGACGGACUCCGGCAAGGCGUGGCGUGCGCCUCCGCGGAACCUUGUGGCCCUCCCGGAACCAGGCCUCCUGUCCUCCACCCAGGCAGGUGGAGCCGAAGAGACUCCUGCCGUGCUGGGGAAAAGUGCGCCCGCGCAGCGCCCUCGCACAAAGGCGGGGGUCGGGGGCCUGAUGGAGACUUUGCCAGGCCCUGGGCCCCAAAGGUGAGGGCUGGGCUGGCGGGCGCAGCCCUGCUCCUGCUGCAGAAGGAACCUGACUUUUGCUCCCCUCUUUCCCGCCCAAGCCGGGGCCCAGAGUCAGACGCGGCAGUCCAGUCCGCAGGUCUUGCCCUGAAGGAGGGGUCCUGCGGCAGAGGCUUUGUGUGUGACAGAGGCUGUAGACAGCCAGGCUUGUGCACCGAGAGGCAGCUGGGACAGUGUGGCUGGACAGGUGUGCCAGGCCUGGGUGCCUGGUCCCGGAUGGGGCACAGCUGGGUCUCUGCUUCUUCCAGGAAGGGAAAGGCUGGGUGCUUUAUGUUAGAGUUGGGGGGGGGGGAGGGAGUGUUGUGCCCAAGGGCUGGCCCCCUAGUGGACAUGGGGCAGAGGCUGUGGUGGUCCUGUGGGAUGCCAGUGAAUGCACUGGGCAGUGUGGACGUGCAGGUGUCUCAGAGCUGGGCCACUAACAGAGCUUGAAUAAAGGUGCUGGUCUGCA